AUGGGGAACCCUUGGAGAGCGAGCAGAGCUCCUGCUGCCUUGAGAAUAAGAAGUGAGCCUGUCCAAGACCAAAAUUUGGACACAGAAACAUCGACUUCUAUUUCAGUUUCUGAGUUGACUGAAUUUUCACUUGAAAAUGAAACUAUUACUGAAGUUCUCAAAGCAGUCAUGGAAGAAGGGAUUAAGGAGACUUCAUCUGAUGAAAAAGUGACUGAAAGAGAAGAAGAACACAAUGAGCUUUAUCUUUUGGGAGCUAAAAUUGAUAUCUUUGUUGACAACAAUAUCAAUGUGGCAUACAACUUCCGGAUUCAUAGAACAAUUUUUUAUAGAACUGGAUUUAUUUUGCCAGUGAGAGAAUCUGAUAUUGCUCACCCAAAAUUUGCUCAGAUCUAUAUUUAUAAUAGUGCUGCUCAGAUAGAUCAAAGACAGUAUCAUUCCCUACAAUUGGAAAGAAGUGUUUUGAAAAAGAUUUGGUCCAUUCUUAUGGAAACAAAUCCAUUCAUACAUCUCUUCAGAACAAUAGAUCAAAUUUCUUGGGAAAAGAGACAAUUUAUGGAUCUCACUUUGCGUUUAGUAGCUGAGGGGCCUUGGGAUCAAAGACAGUAUAAUGCUCCAACUGCAAAAAUAAUGAAGAGGGUACUUCAAGAGACAUUGUGCUGCACACCAGAGCCAACUUCUGACAAAACAUCAAUGAGUUCCACUGAUCUUACGAUGCUUUACACUAUGUGCUACUCUUUCCACAUGGUGAAGAUGGUUAGACUAUUGAUGCCAGCUCAUUGUCAGGAGAGCAUGUUACAGUAA